AUGACUCCAGACCCAGAGGAGUCCAUCGGGUGCACUUUGUCCUGCUGCAGCUGUGUGUGUUUCAGACCAGGAAGUGUACAGCUCAGAUCAUGUGAUUGCUGUGGACACGGCUGGGUGGCACAUGCACUGGAGAAGCUCCAGGCCCAGCCUCAAUCCAGCUGCAGCCCAGUAGAGGUGGCUCUUCCUGGGGUGGUGUUCGACCUGAGCUCCCUGGUCUUGUACGGAGCUCAGGCCAUUCCUGUUCGACUCAAGGUAUUGCUGGACCGCCUCUACAGCAUCCUGAGCCCAGAGCAGGUCGGACACAUACUGCACACCUUGGGCUGGAAUUUGGGGGAUUAUGUUAGAGGGUACAUGUUGCAGUUUCCAAAUGGAAAAGUGUUGGAUCGCUGGUUUAUGGUCACUCCAGAAGAAGAAUUGCUCAUCUUCAAACAGUUCCUUCGCUUUGGAGAGACGCGACCCAUAGUUGAGUUGAUGCUUCAGACUGCAGACGGUGCUGAAAUCCUCUCUGAUCCUGAUCUGACACCCACACACAGGAGCUGCCAAUCAAGCAUGAAUGAAGGAACGGUGAUGAUGUUAAGGAGCUCAAGAGGAGAUCCACAACGGGUGACCAGUGUCUGUCAUUUUGAAAAAAGCAGUCCUGCUGACCACAACAAUAAUGUCCGCCAUUUUGAAAAGUUUGCUGGUGGACUUUCUUUUCUGCUGCCAUUCCAUUUUCCAAGCUCGGCCUUCCACUGUUUGGUUCCUCCCACUAAGGAGCUUGUUCCUCCCAGUAAGCUGACACAGUUUCUACGAAAGUCCCAUGAUAGCAAAUUGGUUGAGAAGCACAAGCAAGAAGGAGGAAGACGAGGAGAAGAGACUGAUCCAAUCUUACAUCAGUGUAAAGGAGAACUGGCUGUAAAAGUCAAAGCAGACCCCGACAAGCCAAGCCCGCCUCGCUCACUGUGGUAUCCCUCCUUCCACAGUGACCAGGACUAUGACCUUCAGAGGGCAACAGCCAAACACAAGAGUGCCUUUUCACUUUCUCCUACCUUAAAUUCCUCGACAAUCAUUUCUUCCUCUUCAAUCUAUUCACCUAUCUCCCCCGCUUCAUCCUCACCUUUGAAGAUUUCUCAGAAGGUGCCAGGUUCCCAUUCUUCUUCUCUACAUCCUCUCCCAUCCUUCUCCUCCUCUUUCCUUUGUCCUCUUCCCACCGCUUCACUUUCUUCCUCCCUGCAUCCUCCCCCAUCCUCAUCUACCACCCUCCACCCACUCCCCUCCACCCUCUGCUCUGUCCCUUCAUCUGCUGCAGGAGGUCGGAAAGGGAGGGUCUGCUGUGGCGUUUGUGGGAAAAGCUUCUAUGACAAAGGAACACUGAAGAUCCACUACAACGCCGUCCAUCUGAAGAUCAAACAUCGCUGUACAGUGGCAGGCUGCACCAUGGUCUUCAGCUCGCUCCGUAGUCGAAACCGACAUAGUGCCAACCCAAACCCACGACUACACACAAGCGGCAGCAGAGACACCUACAGAAGCUUACACUCUGACCACACAAGUGAUACACAGAUACUUGGAUCUAAACAGCCUCGCAAAAACACACAGGACAGUCACAUAUAUGUGUACAGGGAAAAGGAAAACGCCACCAUGUUUUGGAAACAUACUAAUGAUUCACAGGCACAUGCGCACACUGUGGGGAGUGGAUUAAAUGGUCACAAAAGCCUCCAACAUUGCUAUCUCCAGAGCAUGCCGCAUCACGCUGACUCAACUCCUUCUUCUUCCCCUCCUCAAUCCCAGAACCAGCACACCAAUGCCACCUUCACCCUAAAUAACCCCCAGGUCUUGCCUCCACUUCCGUCCCACCUCCAUUCAGUUCAUACUGCUUCUUCUCUAGGUUCCCCUCCCUCUCUUAUCCCUGCAGUCAGUUCUACAGCAGACAAACUCAAAUGCCCCCUUCUGACUAACAAUGAUCCACCAAGUUGUGACACUCAGGCAGCAUCACAUUACUGUGAAGGAAAUCAGUGGCAACUCGAGUCAGUUAGCUGCAUGCCAAAGAAGAAGCCCAGGAAGUCAAGCAUGCCAGUGAAAAUAGAAAGAGAGAUGGUGGAGUGGAGGAGAAACGAGAAUGAAGAGGAGUACUGAAGAGCCACAGAGUUGCUGUUAAACUUUACAUUCAGAAGUAAACUCUUUUUUAAAAGAGUAAAUCCAGAAUAAACAAAAGCAGUGUGAUAACAAUGGUAAUUUCUUGUCUCUGAGUUACUGUA